AUGUCAUUGUAAAAUAGGUUUAGCAAUCUAAUUAGCACCAAAGAUAACGUAUACUCAAAUCUUUAGAGGGAUGAUUUUCAGGAGCGUUACAAAGAAAACCUAGAACUACGUAAAAAAUUAAACAAAAUAAAGCUUGAAAAACGGAAACUUAAUGAUUCACUCAGCUAAAUAGUCCAAUCUAAGUUAGCGUUUCAAGCAGGGAUAUAAAAAAACACAGAGAAGAGCAGCUUGAAGACAGAGGAUUAGAAGAGAAUUGAUGAGUUAAAUGAACAGCUGAAUUAGAUGCAGCAAUAGAUGAACUAUCAAAAUCAAAUGAGGUCGGAGCAACAGCCUGUCAGAAAGUAACCAGAUUUAAAAGAUUAUCUUCGUUAAAAUGAUGAAGAGAGAAUAUAGAAAGACUAAUAAUAUAUAAAAGAUCAAGUUGAAGAAUUACUAAGACAGGUGAAAGAUCAAAAUCAAGAUAAGCCUGAUCAAAAUGUAGCUAAAUAAAUUUCAAAAAAUCCACCAGAUAAUCAUCAUCUACCUUAAAUUGAAGAGCAGGCAAAAUAAUAAGCUUAGAAAAGAUAAUCAAUUUUGUAGCCAGAAAUGCAAAAAUCAUCUCUUCAGGCUAAUAUCAGCAUUAAGAGUAGAAAGGUUAGAAAGGGUACUAUGAAGUAUUUAAGGACAGUUACUAUAGCAAUAAUGGCAUGGCUAGGGGUAAAAAGAUUGGUUAAAUAGCGACGAGCUGAUAUUCUAUAUCAUAGACAACCAUAAAUUUAGAAUCAGUAGUUUUAACCAAACAACGAUAACUAAACUGUAAAGAUGUAUGCAGAUAUAGCCUAAGCUUGGCUAAUAAAAGCUGUUAAAGAGCCUUUGCUUUCUAUUAUUACUGACCAACCAUUGAAUUUGAACAUUGUAGAUUAUAGAGUUGAUGCUUUUGAACUUUAGAAUAGAUUGCUCAAGUCUAAGAUCAGAAUUAGAGCUAUAUUUUAGGGUAUCCUAGAUAGCACAACUAUGAGUCAUAUAUCGACAUCUCUACUUAUAUAUCUAGGUUCAGUAUUCAAGAUCGGAUCUACUUUGCCUAAGGAUUUUCUAACUCAAUUUGAAUCUUAAAGAUUAUUGAUUACUGAUAUUCAAGGUCAAAUUAGAAGUGCCCCUGAAAUUCAGGUGAAAGCUCUGAUUGGUGUAUUCAUAUUAGCUAAGAUUCUUGUAGCUAAAGUACUAUCUUCACCUUCAGCCUCGGGAUUAUAAUCACAGAUUUAAAUAAGUCUAUAAAACUAUGCUUUUAAUUAAAGGUCAAGUGAAUUUAUGGAGCAAAGGGAAUAGUUAAUGGCUGUUAAUUUCAAGAUAAUCUCAAGUUUGAUUUAUUUCACUGUUAUGGAGUAUAUAGAAUAGCUGCAUCCCUCAGCUAAAGGAUACAGUCUGGAAUUAGUUCAUAGCUGUGGGUUUAAGUAGAUUAUAUACAAGUAAAGUGAUCUAAAGGAGUAUUAUCGAGACAGUAAUUAUGAUUUUAGAGUUGAGAUGUUUCAGUUAAUAGACUAAAUUAUCUAGAGAUUAAUUGACCUUGUCAAGAUCAACACUCCUAUAAAUAGAUGA